GUGCGUGGGAGGCGGGGAGGGAGGAGGGAGCGCUUCACGGAGCGCUCCUCCCCAUCCAAGGCGGGGAUCUACCGCCCCCGUUCCACCGCCGACACCGCCGCUGACGACGCAGCCGCCUCUGUUCACCCGUCGUGACCAGCAGCAGCAGCAGCAACAUCGGCAUCGGCAUCGCCACUCGGGCCGCGUGCGUUGCUCACCGGGCGAGGCGAGGAGGUGAGAUGAUCGAUCUCUCGGAGAAGGAGAACGAUCCGCUCCGGCCCUGCGAGCGCAGCGCCAUGAAUGGCCACGCCGAGUCUCCGCUGCAGAGGCUGAAGAAGUCCCUCUCGCUCAAGCCCAAAGUGCUCAACAAGCGCAACAAGAGCAGCCAGGAGGGCAUUCUCCAGUGUUCCAGGCAGCAGCAGCAGCAGCCGCCGCCGCCACAACAGCAGCAGCAGCUGCUGCCGUCGCCCGCAUCUAGCGGCGACCCUGAGGUGGCGCCGCAACCUCCGAGCCCAACGUACCCACGUGGCCAGCCGGGGCGUGCCGACCGGACCCACACCUUCCAGGAACACAGCUUCAAGAAGCCGACUUUCUGCGACGUGUGCAACCACAUGAUCGUCGGCUCGGGCGCCAAGCCCCAGAGCAAGAUGGGUGUGCGAUGCCGGGCGUGCAAAAUGAGCGCUCACCACCGGUGCCAGGCGUGCGUCAGCCAGCAGUGCUGCGUGGGGAAAAUGCCCAAGGGAUUCAGGAGACACUACACCUCGCCCCUGCUGCUCAGUGGCCGCUACGCGUGCAUCAAAGAGGUGAUGCCCCUCGCGUCGGGGAACAAGUUGGACCCCGUGUACGAGGCGCUGCGCUACGGCACGUCGCUCGCACAGCGCGGCCGCUCCAAGUCCGAGGCCGACGACCUCAACGACGACCCCAACGACGACCCUGCGGAGCUACCCGAGGUCCCGGAGGAAGCAGACGCCGACAGUGAGAGCUCGGAGACGGCGCGCGGCCCAGACGGCGGUGGCGUGUUUCACACCACAGAGAACGGCCUCCAGAAACUCAGCAUUCAUGAACAAAAGUGGGGGUCCCUGCGAGGGAGGCAGGCGGCCGCCGCCGCUGCGGGGCGGUACUUUGGGCAGGCCUACACGUACGUGGUGCUGUACAAGUUUGUGGCCCAGGAGAAGGAUGAUCUGCAGCUCACGCCAGGCCAGAGGCUUAUUGUGAUUGAUGACUCCAAUGAAGAAUGGUGGAAGGGAAAGAUGGGGGACAAGUUGGGAUAUUUCCCGGCCAACUUUGUGAUACGCGUGCGAGCUGGGGAGCGCGUCCUCCGCCUGUCACGAACCUUCGUGGGGAACAAGCAGCUGGGCCAGAUUACGCUCAAGCAGGGCCAGGUGUGCGUGGAGAAGGGCGAGGAGUGCAAUGGCUUCCUCAAGGUGACCAGCGGUCGCAAGUUGGGCCUGGUGGCCCUCGACUACCUGGAGGAAAUCUGACGUCGUCCGCUGCGACUUCUGCACACGGAGCUCCUUGCCUUGCCAGAGGGUUGGCCGGGUCGGCUCUAUAACCACCGCGGUUAUUCUUCAUUCUCGCACUGCAUGCGCAGUCCCUAUGAGUUAAUUUAUUUGCACGUGUGCCACGGUGCAUACUCGCCUUCCAUGCUGCUCCAGACGAUCGCACAGGUGCAUGCACUAAAGUCCGUGUGCACAUAGUUACGUCCAUCCGUCAGUCCGGCCGUGUGCCUGCAUGUGAGCGAUGCACAGGCAAGGAUGCCGUCUGCUCCGCCGACAAGUGCCAGGCAAAACACCGUAUGGCUGUUCGGUCCGGGAGUUGUUGGCUGAGCGUUAUGCCCAAACAUUUGAUCCGUGACCUUGCUUGUCAUUUGAGAAGGUGGCAGCGAUAGAGGAGCCGUUUGCCUGUUGCGUGCCGGUUUUUUUUUUUUGGUUCUGGGGUAGCAAGGGACUACGGAUGGCUGUGGCGAUUGUGGCUCUUCACCACUGCAGUGGACUGGGGACUCGUGAAGUCUUUGAGAGCCCAUUUAAGGACGUUGGUGUCACAUAUCCGCACGACUCGCCCACCGACCCCAGCCCAGACCCUUGCAUGCUCAGGCUGCCUCAGCUGUUGCUUGCAGAUGCUUGCCGCUGGUGAUAUAGGAAAGAUCAAGCACAGGGUAUUCUCAGAGGUGGCACCUCCAUCCACGCCUAAUGUUUUCCGAGUUUGUUUUAGGUUUCGCUGCAGUAGCCCAAAGUGUUCGUGGGCUGCUGUGUCGUUUAUUGAAUUUGCCGUUUUCCAUAAACAAUUGUGAAACCUGUUUGCAAGCUCUGCAUGCGAUGUUCUCAUAUACGAUUCUUCUUACCUAUACAAGAUGCCUUUUCGGAAAAUACACUUUUACUCUUAGCAAUAUCUUGAGAUGUUUUGCUUUCAUGCAGGGAUGCUGUUUUGUACUUUUCGUCUGUCCCACUGGCCUCUGUUGUCUCGUACAGGGUUAUUCGCGAUCGGUGUUGGCGCAUCGCCCCCUGCAAGCCAGAUCUGGCACAUUCGUCAUAUUUGUAAUUUCCCACUGCGACGGCCACGAGCUGCAUGAGUAAGAGAAAGGAAUUGACAUUCUUUUUUAAUGACAUAUUUUGCCCAAGAGCCGUGUACGGGGCAGCUCUGCAUUCACGGUCUCUGCUCGCUACGCGAUUACAGAACGAGGGCGCUGCGCACGGCUGUCGAAGCUUUCGACGCGAAGUCAAAGCUGCUGAAACCUCAUCUCGCUGUUGUCAACAUUGGGUCGGCAUGUCACGAUAUGUUGAAUGUAGUACCUCCCAAUGGCUGCAUGGUUUUAUGUAAACCAAUGGCAUCCAACCGUACACGAAUGUAACACAAUUGAUACUUACAGUACGUGCCCAGCGUGAUUAAUCGAUUUCGAUUACACACAGGCCCAAGGAACGCCCCCUACUGGCUCAUUUGCAGGCCAGGUGGUCUGUCACUGUGCCCACAGGGAUGAGCUGCAGCCGGUGGUGGGGGCGGGGAUUCUCUUUCAAAUGCGUUGAUGAGAAGUAAAAUAAAACGACUGAGAUGUUCCGGCCUAUAGGAUGGCACCACGCGACAUACACAAUCCUCAUAGUUUUUGUUGUGAAUGUAAGACACGGGAUUUAGUUGACGCGAGAAUGCGUUCCCGCUACCCUCCUCGACUGGUAGCGAAUUACUCAGCGGCUGGAUGGUGGAGGGGUGUUCCUUGUUGCCGUCUGUUACAUUGUUCACGUUCUGCAGUUGGCUCACAGUCUCUCAAUGGGGUGGGGGGGGGGGGUUGAUAAAAUAGCUACCACUUUGUGGGAAGUCAACAGUGGUUGUCCAAUGGAGAGCUUCGCCCCCCCCCCCCAAACGGAGUAACGUGGACUGUUCACAUCACUGGAGAUGAGCAACAGCUUCCAGAUUUUUUUCAUGAAUGCUUUCGGACCUUCAUGGUGUAACAUCACGAGAACAUGCUUUGUGCUAUUUCUCUCUUAUUUAAACGGUUUUGAUUUAAACAACUACUGCUACCGUGUUGCAUCUGAUUUUGAGACGUAUAAAAACAAGCCCCUUUGCAAACAUGUCUUAUACAUGUUUUUUUAAAUAUAUAUAACUGAUCAAUUAAUCAAAAAAACACUGAAGAGUCACUUGCGUGUUAAGACCCGUAGGCUGUAUGUAUUUUUUGACGUUUUGAGCUGCCGAUGCAAUUUAUGUUUUAUUUAUUAACUAUGGGGUUUUUUUUAAGUUUUGCAUUGACAAACUGUUGUGUUGCAAUAAUCACUUGCUGAAAUUUAACGAGCGAAUGUACCAAAAUGUUACGCAUUUUUAUUUCCCUUUCUAAUAAUAUUUGCAAACUUA